GUUGUCUGACCAUGACCAGCACCAACUAUGCGCUGGCUUCUACAGACACAGCCACCGGCUAGUUGCCAUGGUGACCGGGUUGUGUACAGAAAGUCUCCCCGGCAUCCUCCACCGCUGUUGUUGCGCCCCGUCUGAGCCGUCUGCCUGAGAUAUCGCGAGUUCUCCUGAGGAGGGUUGUGACGCCCGGGUCAGCUGAUUCCGAUGAUCGCAGCCAGGGAGGAAGAUGGCGGGUGGGGUGACUGUAGGAGGGGCGUGGGGCAGAAGGCGGUGAGGAGGAGAACAUGGUAGACAGUAUGGAGCACAUCUCCAUCCCCAAGGUAGAAAAUGUUAAAUUACUUGACAGAUACACAAACAAGAGACCUGCCAAUGGUACCCUAUAUCUGACUGCCACUCACCUUAUUUAUGUUGAAGCUGCUUCUGGUGCGCGCAAGGAAACAUGGAUUGCCCACCACCACAUUGCCUCUGUGGAGAAACAACCUCUCAGCACAACAGGUUGUCCACUCCUUAUUCACUGCAAGAAUUUCCGAGUGGCUCAUUUUGUCAUUCUGCGGGAGCGGGACUGUCACGAGGUUUACACCUCACUGGUCAAGCUCUCACAGCCAGCAAAAUAUGAAGAACUAUAUGCCUUCUCCUACAAUCCCAAAUCUGAUCAAGAUGAACGACUGAUGGGAUGGAAGCUGAUUGAUCUGAAAUUGGAAUACAUGCGCAUGGGAAUCCCCAAUGACUACUGGAUACUGAGUGACAUUAACAGUGAUUUCAAGGUAUGCAGUACCUACCCAACUUGCCUGGUUGUACCCAAAGAAGCCUCUGAAUCGAUAAUAAUUGGAAGCUCAAAGUUCAGAAGCAGGGAGCGGUUUCCCGUGCUAUCUUACUAUUACAAAGACAAUAAUGCAGUGAUUUGCAGAUGUAGUCAGCCUCUUUCUGGCUUCAGUACUCGCUGCGUGGAAGAUGAGAAGAUGCUGAAGACAAUCGGCCAAGCCAACCCAGGCAGUCCCUUUAUGUAUGUUGUAGACACCAGGCCCAAGUUAAAUGCCAUGGCCAACAGAGCUGCGGGGAAGGGGUAUGAAAAUGAAGACAAUUACCCUAAUAUACACUUCCAGUUUAUUGGGAUCGAGAAUAUCCAUGUAAUGCGAGGAAGCCUGCAGAAGCUAUUAGAGGCAUGUGAAUUGAAAAACCCAUCCAUGAGUAGUUUCCUUACGGUCCUUGAGAACUCUGGCUGGCUGCGGCACAUUAAAGCUAUAUUGGAUGCUUCAGAUUUUUUAGCCAAGGCAGUGAGAGAUGAUAAUGCAAGUGUGCUGGUGCACUGCUCCGAUGGAUGGGACCGCACAGCACAAGUGUGCUCUCUGGCUGGCAUUCUCCUUGAUCCGUUUUACAGAACUAUUAAAGGCUUCAUGGUACUAAUUGAAAAAGAAUGGGUAUGCCUGGGACAUAAAUUCACUCAAAGAUGUGGUCAUUUAGAUGUUGAUCCUAAAGAAGUAUCGCCCGUCUUCACGCAGUUUGUGGAGUGUGUGUGGCAUCUGAUGGAGCAGUUCCCGUGUGCCUUUGAAUUCAGUGAGAAAUAUCUAUUAGAAAUUCAUGAUCAUGUCUUCUCCUGUCAGUUUGGAAACUUUCUCGGUAAUUCCCAGAAGGAACGCCAGGAGCUCAAAGUAUAUGAAAGUACUCAUUCAUUGUGGCCAUUCCUUUUGCAACGGAAGAAUGAGUUUGUGAACCCAUUGUAUAUCCCGAAUGCAUAUAAAACACUCCAGCCAAGUACACUCCCAGUCUGCUUCAAGUUCUGGUGUGGAAUGUACAACCGUUUUGACCAGGGAAUGCACCCAAGGCAGUCUGUCCUGGAUUACUUGCUUGAGUGCAUCAACAGAAAGGCUACUUUGGAAACAAGUGAAGCUGCUAUGGAGGAGAAACUUCAUGAGCAAGACGGACCCAUUGAAGAUACUUGCACAUUACUUCCCAAUCAUUCUGAAGCUAUACCAGUAGUGGAAGAACAAGCAGAUAAAUUGAUUCCAGAAGGUGGGGAAGGAAACCUUCAUCUCUCCAAUGGCUCCAUGGCAAAUGGUGACCAUGUUGUGUGUCUAAGGAAUGAAAUCAAAACAGCGCAAAUGGGGAGUAAUAGCCAUUACCUGGCUGACCAUAAUGUGCGGCCUUCUGCUGAGACGAGUAGAGCUGGUACUACCAUUUUACCAUAAUAAUUUCCAUAAGGGAUGUGAAGAACAUUUAUAGCUGAAUCACCUGUUGGGAAAGGGAAAAACUGUCUUACAUUCAAACUGAAUGCGCUUUGGUGGCAGUUGCCAUGUAUUGUCUGAACUGAAGGUGUACAUUUGGAGUAGCCAUUGGUCCCAUCAAGACCAUGUGACAAAUCUACUUCUAACUAAACCAUCAUAACAUGAUCGACAUUUAUUCAUUUUAAUGUUGUUACAGAUGCAACACAUUUGUACCAUUAUUUAUUUGCAGUAUUCUGUAGGAAUUAUGGUUAAGUCAUAUGGUAGAUAGGAUCUAAACAGCUAUUGUAAUACAGUAAGAAGCAACAUCCCAUUUCACAGCUUGUCACUAGCCAAUCACUGGUGUUAUUUAUCCGUCAAGUCAACAUUCUUCACUCUGUCCUUUGCCAAAUUGGUAAAUAUUACUUAAUAAAUUAUUAACCUGUGGCAUCAAAGAGGUUAAUGAGUAGCCUCAUCCUUCACUUUUUUUGUGAACUUUGGUGCUGGAGGCAAUUUUUAAUUUGUUUAUAUGUAUAUUGCAGUAUUUAUAUAAAAGCAUGAUGACUCUGAUCAAGUGGACAAAAAUGCACACAUCCAACUAAGGUCAAGGAAACCGUGAACUGAAACCAAGACUGUAGAUACAGGUUAUAAAUACCUCUAACAUCAUCAUACACUGCAUACACUGUUCCAGUAAUACUUUAUUAUUUCAACAGAUUGCACUGUUACCUAGCAUCACUAGAACUUGGUUGUCAAUCUUCCUGUUUUAACAAUAAACUUCUUUUUUUUUUUUUUUUUUUUAUAUAAAGGUUUGUCACUUAAUUAUUUUUGCUAUGUCUAAAAAAUCACAAAAAUGUUAAAUGCUCAAGAGAAUUACUUUGGCAAUAAAGAACAGCUGCUGUUUAAAACUAAUAUGAACAGAGCUACAGCUUUCCGUAAUAGAAGAUGCUCGGAUAAAUAUUUGAAAGCCCUCCCAAAUUCCUGUGCAUAAUUGGGAUAAUUCUGACUACAUUAUGAAAGAUGAAAUUGUGUCACCAAUAAAUGGUGUUCUUGGAGCUGCAACAACAAAUUGUAAUUCCUUUAAUUUUCUUAAUUAUUUCAAGUUCUAGAACAUGCCAUGUGACUUAUCCUUGUUUGUGUAAAGGGAAAUUGUAUUAGCUAUAUAUAGACUGUAAAUAUAUGUUCUGUGCAAUGUCUUGCAGAACUUUGUUCCAAGGAAAGCUUUUUCGUAAUGAAAGUGGGUGCAAUUGUCUUGCGUAUGUAUUGCUGCUCAGUGGUAAUAGUCCUGCUCACCUCUAAGCAGGAAAGCAACAGGUCAGCUUUCAUGCAUACAGUAUGUGUAAUCGCAAUUAUACAGAGAAGGCAUGUUCUCUGCAUGCAGUGAGCAACGCUGGCAUGUUGUACUGAUGAUUAAAGGGAAUAAUUAGUGCUAAUAUUGAAUGUUAUCCAUUACAAUAAAUACAAUAUCAGGUUUGUUACAUUAAUGUUUCAAUACAAUACAUAUAAGAUGUGGUUCUUAGAAUGUAAAUGAAUAUUAGUAGACAAUAAAGAUGUACUUGCAGAUUAGUGUAACAUAUAUGUAUCUAGUCUAUGGCACUGUGUUUUACCUGUUGAUAGCUGUUCCUACUCCUUUGAUUAGAACAGGCAAUAAUUAUGCAAGGCGUUAGAAAACCUUGCCCUUUUUAUAAAAACUGUAAUGUAUACAUAAUGGACAACUGGUUAUAAACAGGUGUGCCCAUGUGUUAAAUGGGAUACCUGUGUUUGUGUUUUUUCUUUUUUCAUAAUGCAAGUGAAAUCUGUUAUGCUUUUUUUUUUUUUUCCCCCGUCAUUUAAACCAGUGGUUCUCAAUCUGUGUGCUGUAGCAUCCUGCGGUGCCUCGGGACACUUGCAGGGGUGCCCUGGGUUGGUGGUUCAGGACUAAUUCAAAUUAUUUAUGAUCAAUGUAAUAGGCAAAACCAGUGCUGGUGGCUGCUAAUCAUAAAUAUGUGGACAAACCAGGGAAUCCUGUCCCUCACCGCAUAACUGAGCCUAAGGAUCACACAUAAAAACAAAUUUAAUUAAUGUAAUAUUGUUUUUUAAAGUUAUUAGUAAGAAGCUUUUGGCAUAGUGGUGCUGUGAGAAAAAUUCUAAUACUCUGGGGCGCCGUGAUUCAAAAGAGUUUGGGAACCACUGUUUUAAACAAAAACUCCAUUACAGCUUCUAUGAAUGUUUGUGUGAUAGAUGGAACACACAGAUCAAUAAAAUGUGUUCUUGGCUUCUCUUGAAUGUAUUUACAGCUGUCUGUUAAAAAAUAAUAUGCUGUCAUUGAAACAAGGCUUUGUAUCUACUACAGUGGAGAUUUAAAAGUUUGUUAUAGUCUUAAUUGGUAGGAGGUCUGCGUUCACAGAAAGAUAUGAGGGUGGGGCGAUUCAAUGAAUUACAGUGUUGGAAGGCAAUGCUGAUACGUUUACGGUAGAUGUUACUACACUCCUGUGGUGUGUAAGGUAUAAUGUGCUUAUAUUACAUGUUUUCUGGUGGCACAUUGCCGAGAUGGAAUCCUAGACACAAAAUUGCCUGUUACCCCCAAAUGAGUAUGAUCAAAAUAUUGAAAACUAGUUCUAAGGACCCCAACAAGACUUACAGCUUCCAGUACUUGCCAGUGUAAGAAACUUGUUCUCUGUCUUCCAGCCCCUGCUUACAGUAAUGGAUUAAUGCUGACUCUAACUGGCCAAUUUAAUUACAUGCAAUGAAAGUGCUAAAGAAUGCCAGCACUGUGCAGCCACCUACAGUAUACAUUUUCCCUUGUACCCCAGUGCACAGGAUAACAUUGUAUCCAACAUUGCCAGUAUUGGAACUGCCCCCAUAAUGGAAGUUGCUAUAGAUAGAUGUAGCCAGCAAAGUCUUUUACAUUAUGGCAUUGCUAGCACUGAGGCUAUGACUAAAAGUGGAUUAAUAGAUUAUCUGUUAUAAAGGAAUAUAGCACCAGCUUCUUAUAUUCAUUACUGAAUAAUCAAGCAAGACUGUUGGAAUGCAUAAUGCUGGCAGAGUGCGUCUAUAAAUGUGGGUAAAGAAUGUAUAUUUUAUUUCCUAGGUUUGCUGCAUUGAUCAUGUCAGUGAGCAUGUAUUUAGAGAACUUCUGUAACGCUUGCUCUGCUUUGCACACUAGCAAAAUGUGUUUACCGCUUUGUUUGCAGUGCUAGUCGUUUGCUCAUUUUAGUCUAAUACAUUUGAUGAUAUGAAAGGCUCCUUAUAUAUUACCUGGAUAUUAUGUGUGCUAUAAUCUUCGUGUUUUCAGGCUGGGGAAGCAGUUACUUCUAUCUGAUAAAUGUACAGAAAGCAAUGUUGAUGGAGUAGCUUGAUAUGGGAUGCGGUCAAUAUACAGCCUGUCGGGAUCCCGGUGUUCAGGAUCCCGACAGGCGUGUAAAUGCUGACGCCCAGAAUCCCGACUGAAGCCCGGUAUUCCCCCUUGCGCGGUGGUCCACGCCACCACCCAAGGGAAAAUAGGAUUGUGGGCCCGAAGUGUGAAUCCCAGACAUAUCUAGCUCUGUCUGUUAGAGGAUUUGGUAAUUACACCCUGAUCAGUAUAAUUAAAACAUCUGUGUAGCUUCCUAUACGCUGGGCAUACAGUGUCACAUAAAAUACCUAACAGACAUUUUAUCUCACAGCCUGCAACAAUCAGACAUUAUGGCCACAAUACACUGAUAUCCCACAGUAAUGGCCACAUGAUAAUCUGUGUUCCUCCCCUGGGGAGGAGUCCUUUCCCCAUUCCGAUGAAGGAACAAGGGAAUUGUCGGCCGCUUGGGCAGGAGCAGCAUACACUGCAUGUUCGACAUGUACAGCAGAAUUAGAAUUUGCGUUAGGUUGCGACUACACACUAUAAUUAUUGGCCCGAUCGGCUGAUGACCUGCUAAUGUAUGCCCGAUAUUAAACUGUUGCAGAAUAAUUUGUGCCAUUGACUGACUAAAUGCAAAAUACACGUGCCAUUUAUAUAGCCUACAAUAGUGAUUCAAGGGAUGCAUAAGAUAUUUAUUUUGUACAAUUAACAGAACUGUAAACUUGCCAAUAAGAUAUUCAGCCAGACGUCUACCAUACACCAACUUUCUGCCAACCAUACAACUAGUUGGUUGCUGAAAUGAAAAUCUGGAUUGUAUGGUAGAAAAUGACAAUCAGCAGGUUGCUCCUAAACACUGGAAAACCGCCAAAAACUGUUUAUCUGACAAGUUGUCAAACAGAUUUAACCAACUUGAUGGAACAACUGUUUGCAUCUGUUUUCCUUCUUUGCUUCAAAAUGCUGAUUGUCAUUUGCCCCAAUACAUUACCAGAUUUUCAUACCAACUAGUUGGAUGGUUAGCGUAAAGUUGGUCUGAUGUAUGGUGUUUUUUUUUUUUUUGGAGUUAAAAAAAACCAUUGUCCGAUUUAUCAUUGCAGUAAAAUGUAAUGUCUUUUAUAUACAAAGUAUAAAGGGGAUGCGUUUGUAUGACAGGUGGUCAGGAGACCUCUGGUCACUUACCGAUGCCAGGAUCCCGAACCCUCAUUAUCCCGACGGUUGGCAUGCCGACCAACAGGGACUAUUCCCACUCCCAUAGAGUGGAAAUAGAACCUGUGGUGAGCGCAGCAAGCCCGCAAGGGGAUUCCUUGCACUCGCCCCCGCCGGCCAUCUAACAGCUGGGAUCCCUGCGUCGGAAUGGUGACCGCAGCUUCUUACUGUAUUUGUUAGUGCUGGGCUCAUUGUGGGACUUAAACAUUACUAGAGCUUCAAGGAAACAAUGUCCAUGGCUUGUUAGACCAGAUGAUUACUAGACAUUAAAAAGUGAAUGCUGUCUUUUAUGCCAGUCUCACCCAACAGAUAAAAUCUUUCUUG